CCGACUCGCCCCUCUCGUUCCGUCCCUCAUCACUCCUCGUCUUCACCGGUUCUCCUGCGGGUCUCCCGUCUCCUCCUCCUUUAACCUGGAACUGCGUCGCCGCCGGGCCCCGACGCCGGCGCUGUCGACUCCACCGACGGCCUUCGAAUCUCCAGUCGAGCUACUACUUUUGCUUUUCCUCCUGUUUCAGCCUCUCCAAAUAUACGCGAGCAUUCUGCCAUUCUCCCUGUGGCUUGCCAUCGCAUAUACACCGAUUUGAACGAGCGCACUGUCUGCUGAAUGCGGUGGAGCUGAAAGAUGUCGUCAGUGAGUGGCGUUAAGGAACAUCAACAGCCGUACGGUGGAGAUAGCAGCUCCGGGAAUCCUGGGAUGGCUGGAGAGACAGGAUGGUACAUGCUCGGCCCAAAUCAGGAGAGCAUUGGCCCGUAUACAUCUUCGGAAUUACGACAGCAUUUAUUGGAGGGGUACGUCUUCGAGAAUACGCUUGUGUGGUGUCAAGCAAUAGGGGAAUGGAAGCCCAUAUCAUCAAUUCCCGAGCUGCUGGGCGGACUUAUUCAACCUGGAGUCGAUAAUCCAGCUGAGACUCCAUUAGACAGUGAGGAUGAGUUCCAGAAAUGGCAAAGGGAAGUUAAGGAAGCAGGGGGAGAGAAUGUGGGAGCGGGUGCAAAUUCUGUGGAGGAUGAGCAAGCCCGACCUACGACACCUCCAGAGGGCGAAGAAGAAUUUACCGAUGAUGAUGGGACAACGUACAAGUGGGAUCGUGGUCUUAGAGCUUGGGUUCCUCAGGAUAAUUUGCUGGCCAGAAGUGACCAAUAUGAGCUGGAGGACAUGACUUUUAAGCAAGAAGAUGAAAUUAUUCCUACAUUGAACUUAGAUUCUCCUGCAAAUGGAGAGGAUCAUGAAUCCAGUGAGCCAGUGGAACGAACUCCUAUUAGUGAGGCAGAGGAAGUGAAACCUGGUGACAAGAGAAAGCAGCAACCUGAAAAGCAAGCGGCUAAGAAGGAAGCAAACAAAGCUCCUGAUAGUUGGUUUGAAUUGAAGGUUAACACACAUGUUUAUGUGAAUGGGUUGCCUGAUGAUGUCACUGUUGAUGAAAUGGUGGAGGUGUUUUCAAAGUGUGGAAUCAUAAAGGAGGAUCCCGAGACAAAAAAGCCACGUGUGAAGAUUUAUAUUGACAAAGAUACUGGAAGGAAAAAGGGGGACGCACUCGUUACCUAUUUGAAGGAACCCUCAGUUGCUCUAGCUACCCAACUUUUGGACGGGACCCCUCUUCGACCUGGCGACAAUAUACCCAUGUCAGUAAGCCCGGCUAAGUUUGAGCAGAAAGGGGAAAAAUUCAUUGCGAAACAAACAGACAGCAAGAAGAAAAAGAAACACAAGAAGGUGGAGGAUAAGAUGCUGGGCUGGGGCGGCAGGGACGACGCAAAGCUGUCAAUACCAGCUACUGUCAUUCUUCGCAACAUGUUCUUUCCUGCCGAAAUCAGGGCUGAUGAGAAUCUAAAACCUGAGCUGGAAGCAGAUGUUCGAGAGGAAUGCAUGAAACUUGGUCCAAUAGAUUCGGUCAAGGUAUGCGAAAACCAUCCUCAGGGAGUUGUGCUUGUCAGAUUUAAGGAUCGGAAGGAUGCCCAGAAGUGCAUAGACAUGAUGCAUGGGAGAUGGUUCGGGGGAAGGCAGGUACAUGCUAGUGAGGACGACGGAAGUGUUAACCAUGCUCAGAUUCGAGAUAUAGAUGCUGAAGUUGCAAGGUUGGAGCAGUUUGGUGCUGAACUUGAAGCUGACUGAGUUCGCUCUGUCUGUAGCUUUAACAACUCUUCAAGAUUAAGUACUUGCUGUUGAAGUCUUGGUGUCUCGGUCAUUUUUGUAGUUUUUUAACUGUACGUAGUGGUGGCUUAAUCGUGUAAAUAAAUUGGAGGUAAUUCAACACGUUUUGAGUUUGCGAUACAGAGAUGCAUAAUAUCCA